AUGAGUCAACAAUUUUCUGGCAGUGAUGACGCACGGAAUGCAGAGGAAACCCAACCAAUUGUCCAUUUAAACGAGGAUUGCUGGAGAGUCGUAAUUGAUUAUCUGGACUUAGGAGACCAGUUAAGGUUCGCUUUCUCGAACGUGUGUUUUGGAGAGAUUUUCAAGAGAUACGCAAGCCGUCGGUACAAACAUAUUGAUGAAUCGUUGGCCAGUAGGAUUAACGACGAUUAUCUGAAACAACUGUUGCCCAUCGUUGGCGAGCAUCUGGUUAGUUACGACUCCGAGUUGGGGGACUAUCAUCAUCUGUGUCUCUUGGGGAGACACUGUACGAGUCUCAAGAAUCUGAAAAUCAAUCUUACGCUGUUAAGGGGAGGUGGGGACGAUCUAAACAGACUGAAUCUGGAAUUAAAAGGUGCCGGUUGGUGGAGUACGGAUGUUGUUUAUAAUUUUGAGAAAUUCCCAUGUCUACAGAAACUGGAGUUGAAGGCUGUCAGAUAUAACGGAAAAGGAUUGCAUGUUCUUGAUCAACUGGAAUAUCUGGAGCUGUUUGUUCUUGAUGGAUUUGAUGCCCAGAGCUUGGCGGAUUGCUGGCAAACGAUGACGAAAUUGCGGUAUCUUAAAUAUGGACACCAUAUUAAGAACCUCAGUGAGAAGCAUUUUGAAAUUCUGGUCACGAACUGCAAGCAGCUGGAACGUCUGGCCUUUGGCGUAGGAUACCUCGACUCUACGGUGCCCUAUGAGCUGGUCUGCCAUCUGCCCAGGCUGCAACAUUUGCAGGUUCGGCAUGGCGGUUCUCUACGCGACUCGUUCAUCGAGGGGUUGAUCAACAAGCAGGGUUCUCCUCUGGAUAGUCUUAUACUGGAAGGUUGCGCAUUGUCCGAGAAACAGGUUCAGCAUCUAUGCAAUAUUUCUUCACUCAAGGAACUCGAGGUAUCGUGCGACACCUUACCCUUGGCGGACUUACUGAAGCUGGAGAACCUUCUCUACCUCCACAUAUCCAUGCCAAUUACAACUGACCAAAUUCUGGACCUCCUAAAGGGGCUUCCGCACCUAAAAGUUCUCAAUUUACGAGAUGAAAUAAAACAGUUUAACGAUUCAUCAUUUGUGAAAAGUGUUCGUGCCUGGGCAAGCGAACAGAGGAAGCAGCGCGGGAAGAUCAAAAUCUUUGUCGGAUACACAGAUAUACACGAUGUUCUGCACGUUAAUCCUUUGGUUGAAUUACUACAGGGUUAUUCAGGUCACAUAUUAAUAAACAAAGAACCGUUUUGA